GAACUUUUAGAAAAUGAAAAAGGGGACACAUGAACAUCAAAAUGGAGGUUUCAGUGUUUACAGAGAUUUAAAUAUGAGUCAGACUGAAAUACAUGAUGAGAAAAACACACUAAGAAUGCAGUUGAAAACUGAAGCUGAUCGUCUGGAAGAGCAGAGAAGAAAUGAUUCUGUCACUUCACUGAGAACUGAAUUGGAAGGCAUAAUUAAAGAAAAGGAAUCCGAGCUCACAAAACUAAAAUCUGAAAAUGAGUCUGCUAAAACUGAGUUGGAAAUGUAUAAGGAAAGAUAUCAAGAACAGUUAAAGUUUACAUUUUACUGGUACAGCAAAGAGAAAAUACUUACAAGACCAUUGAGCAGCUACAGAAAGACAGUACAAGGCUGUGGAGAAUAUUCUAUUCAAGCCAUCACACAGAGGAAACUUCUACUGAAAAAUUUCAGGAUUGAUUCGAACACAGCAGAAAAUUCAAAACAAGAGCAAGCUUGGGUACCCCUAUGUCACAUCUGUGACUUAGACUAAGAGCUUGCAGGACCCACGUGCCAAGGUUAGUCACAGUUGUCCAUUAUGUUUCAGGUUUCUGAUAGGAAUGUUUCCAGUUUCAUGAAUAACGGAGUUCAGAGACUUGUCCCUGUGAAUUUAAGGUUAAGUAACCUCUGUUAUGAAGUAAAGACAAUGUUCUUAACCAUUUUGUGUUUUUUAUUCUUGAGAAUUUUAGAUAGAUGUACAAUGAAAUACCACAUUUAUCUCCCUCCCUUUACCCACUGCCAAUUAUCCUCCCCAUCCUCCUCGAUAUGUCCUCUUCUCAACCUUAUAGUUCAUUGGGUCCCAUUAGUCCUGCUCAUAUGUGCAUCGGUUUGGGACCAUACCAUUGCUAAAUCACUCUCCGGAACUUUUCAACACAUGCUUACAUAUUAAAUUCAUUCAUUAAAUGGAACUAAAUUGCUGCAUUUUAAAUUUUAUUCAAAUAAGUAUCCAUAUUAGAUUUUAGAAAAUAUGAUUAAUACUAACUAAAGUUAUGCAAUAGUUGGCUUAUUUAUUAUUAAUUAUUAUUCCUAUUAAAUUUUUAUGCAUUUCUUGCAAUAUAUCUUAAUCAUGUUUAGAUCCCUCCCUUAUCUGCAUCCCUCCAUAAUGCCCCACGCCAGAUUUCAUGCAUUCUAUCCUAUAAGUUAAGGCCUAUUGCGUUAAGUUCAUGUCCCCAGAUCCCCCUCAGAAAUCAUCUACCAUAGCCUGGUUGGUCUAUCUAGCAUCACUCCCUUAAAGAUGACCAACUGUCUCUCACCUAGCAGUCAUCAGUUGCCAAUAGCAUCUCAGUUAAGGUGGGGACUUCUUACCCUUUCCCCUCAUCUUUGCUGGGUUUUUGUCUGGUUUGAGUCUCCAUGGGUCUUGUGCAUACUGUCACCAUUGCUGAAAAUGUAAUUUAGUCUUUGGAAAUUUCAUACUUGUACACAAUGUAUCUUGAUCAUACCCUCCCCUCAGUUU